UUAACCUUCCAAAUCGCUUGGUGUCAUUCCCAUAGUCGAAGUUAAUAAGAACAAGAAGAAGAAACUUCAGUCGAAAAAUCGAAAUCGUCACCAAAGGGCUACGUGAACAAUGGCGAGCGGAAAUACUCCUACACUAGCGUUGCGAUCCGCGAAAGGAGUUGAAGUGUGGAAGACCGAACAACAGAAACAACAGCUCACAUUUCUUCCGGACGCGAGGUUUACUCCCGACCAGAGUAAAUCUUGCCGCGCUAUUGUUUAUAGCCCCGACGGACGAUUUCUAGCCUGGGCCAAUGGUUCGACGGUGCAGCUGUGCCGGGUGGGGCCCGGCGGUUGGAAGGCACACGCGUCCCUCCCCCGUCCGAAAGCCUGCCAUCUGCUAUUUUCCCCGCUCAGCAACUACCUAAUGACGUGGGAAGUGUACACCGAAAAUCCGACGGAGACGCCGAAGGAGAAACCAAAUCUGUUCAUCUACCGGGCGGAAACGGGCGAGGAGGUGUUCUCCAUCAUCCAGAAGCGUCACCAGGACUGGCAGAUGCACUGGAGCUGCGACGAAAGCAUUGCCGCUCUGUUGGUCGGCGGAGAGGCACUCUUCUAUGAACAUGGCCCAUCCGGGCCCGGCUUUGGCCAGGUGGUGAAGCGUUUCGGCAGCCUCCGGAACGGGGGUAUCUCGGUUGCACCGGGACCCUCGCCACCGCACAUCGGUGUCUACAUGCCGGGCACGAAGGGUGCCCCAUCGAUGUGCCGGCUGUUCAAGUAUCCGAACCUGGAGCUGAACCAACCGGUCGCGUCGAAAAGCUUCUUCCAAGCGGACAAGGUAGACAUGAUGUGGAACCGGAAGGGCACCGGGUUGAUACUGAUGACCAGCACCGAUGUCGACACGUCCGGUGUGUCCUACUACGGCAAGCAGGCACUGCACUACAUGACUCCCAAGGGCGAUUCGUGCGGCAUUCAGCUGAAAGCGGAAGGGCCCAUCCACGAUGUGGCCUGGAGCCCCAAAUCGACCGAGUUUUGUGUGGUGUACGGUUUCAUGCCUGCCCAGGCUACGCUGUUCAAUCUGAAGUGUGACAUAGUGUACGAGUUCGAACCGGGCAACAGGAACUCGAUCUUCUACAACGAUUUCGGCAAUCUGAUCCUGUUUGGAGGGUUCGGAAACUUGCCCGGGUACAUCGAGACGUGGGAUCUGCCGAGGCGUAAAAAGCUGGCCAGCUUUAAAGCGCCCGAUACGACGUUGCUUGAGUGGCAUCCGGCAGGGGACAAAUUCCUGACCGCUACGACGGCACCACGUCUUCGCAUGUCGAACGGCUUCAAAGUUUGGCACUAUUCGGGCGCCCUGUUCGGCGAGUACGAUUGGUCCGGGGAGCUGCUGGAAGUCAUCUGGCAGAAGUACCCACCGGGCACGUACAAAGAACCGGCCAUUUCGGACGAGAAAAUUGAGGGCAUUGUGUCCGCCACACCCGUUGCCAGCAAGCAGAAAUACAUUCCGCCCGGUGCACGGGGCCAUGUUACCGUUACGGCCAGCGGAGAAACCAUCGACGUGAGACCACCGAUCCCGGGACUUCCGGUCGGGUACCGUUCUGCCGUGCAGAUUAAAAACAGCAGAAAGAGCAAGAAAGCUGCCAACAAAGCAGCAGCAGCGGCGGCUGCUGCUACUUCCUCCCCUGCAAAUGAGGGGGUAACGGGUGGAGAAACCACCACGAGUGUGGCCGCUCCCCUGCCCGCUGCUUCCAAAAAGCAGACGGCAAAGAAAAACGCUAAAAACAACCAUGCCAAUACCGGUGAUUUGGCCAAUGGAAACGCCACCACUACCAACAACACCAAGUCGAGCGGUGGUUCUGCGACGAACGAUGGGGACACCCGGCCGCAGAAAGCAUCACCCACCGGUGAUCCGAACAAGGAUAAAAAAAUUAAAGCAAUCCACAAGAAGCUGAAGGACAUUAAGGUGCUAAAGGAGAAGCACGAGCGUGGUGAAUCGCUCGUGCCGACGCAGAUUGCAAAAAUGAACUCCGAAAGCCAAUUGAUGAAGGAGCUCGAAACGCUAAAGGUGGCCUGAAGCGG